GUACGUACAUUUAUGCAUUUUAAACAAUAGCACUACAUCUCGUGAGGUCAUUCAUACAUGUAAAGAUAUUACUUUUAAUGCCAUAGGUUUAGAAAAAAGGGAAGCGUCAACUUGAUGCCUCCACCCCACCCUUACAGUAUAUAUUACACUGUUUCAUCAGUCAGAUCUCAUCUUCAUCAUGAUCAUCAUCAUCUCUCUGCUCCUGUUGGGCUCUCUGCUGCCAAACCUGAGCUUCACUUCCAGUGUCAAGGUGUGUAUAGUGAAUGGCACUAAACCCAGACAGCAGAUGACUCGGAGCGGAUCCGGCCCAGAGUCGUCUGCCGUCUGGGAAGCAACACCUCACUCCAGACCUUACAUGGUUUCUGUUCAGAAGAAUAGGAGACACAUUUGUGGAGGAUUCCUUAUUUCUGAUCAGUUUGUCUUGACUGCUGCACAUUGCAGAGACAGCAGCGAGAUUCUGACAGUUGUGGCAGGUGUACGUGACUUAGAAAGCAAACAGGAAAACCAUGUCCGCAUUAAUGUGAGAAACUAUACCAAGCAUCCACAAUACAAGACCGAUAAUAGAACACCUUACAUGGCCAACCUGAUGAUUCUGGAGCUUGAAACACAAGUCCAAAUAAACAACAAGAUCAACACGAUUCCCAUACCAAAAACACCUGGGGAGAUCAGUGUGGGCACUGAUUGCAGUGUUGCAGGCUGGGGAAGAAUAACUACUAGCGGACCUUUAAGUCAAACCCUCAAAGAGGCAAACGUGCAGAUUAUGAGUGACACAGUUUGUGCUCGAUGGGGACUGCAAUAUAAAGCUGAAGAGAUGAUGUGUGUAUAUGGCAGUGAAGGAUCGUGUUACGGGGAUUCAGGAGGUCCUUUGGUUUGUAACAACAUUGCGGUGGGCGUUACAUCCUUUGUAAACAGGAACAACUGCAACGAUCCUUAUCUGCAUAAUGUUUAUAUGAAAAUUUCUGCAUUUCUUCCAUGGAUCAAGGAAAUAGUACCACUACCACCUAAAUGAAUUCUGCAUAAUAAAGUGAUAUAAAUGCUUGCUAUUAUUUCUUUUAUCUUUCCAAACUGUCAUCUUUUAACAACUCAUUAAACAACAAUUUACAACUGCACUGUACUCAUCACAAACUAUGCUCUAUGCAUUAUGUUUUGUGGUUGUGUGUGUGUUUAAUGGUUGAAUUUCUGAUUUUCUCACAAACUGAUUUUAAAUAAAGCAUUGAGCAUCAAGCAUCAAUAA